AUGAUGGUCUUUAACGCACCCAUUUCCUUCACUUGCGAUGUUUCCCACAUCUCCAGGAGCCUGACUUUAUUUUUUAAGGUGUGCAAGAUGCCACAAGAAGCUCCAGCAGACACGGCAGGUCCGUCGUCACCACCUCCCCGAAUGCCCGAGGGAUGGCUCCCUCAAUGGGAAGGGGUCCAACGAAAGUGGUAUUAUGUCCAACGAGCGACCGGCAAAUCUCAGUGGGACAUUCCAACCGAACCAGUUGUUCUUACACCAUCAACAACACCCACGUCCAUCGGCACCGGCCCCUCACUAGCACCACCCUCGCGACCAUCAACAAACAGUCCCCAAGUGACGGGAUUGACAAGCACAUUGGCGGAACGCAUUGAAGCUGCCGCAGCCAGUGCGAGGAUCUCCAGCUCUCUAGAUACCCAGCUUAAUGGACAGGCUGCAAACGCUUCGCUUGGCUAUGCAGAGAAAUCAGGAUGGUAUCAAGACCAAGCGAUCCAGAAUCCUGGCCAUACUUACGUCCAGAAUGCUCCCUUAGCCGAAAGUGGGGACUACAUCUUCAUCAUCACCAUGGAGUAUCGGGAAACACAAGCAUCGGAUCAUCAAGCUACUGGCCUGCGGGACAUGCGAGUGGGUACAAUCAACAACAUCAAGACCUUUAUCGCAAUUUGGCUAUGGGCUCUCAGCCAUUGCAUCAGAUGGAAACAUACUGUUCCCCUGUACCUAUCCCCGAAAGCCAAGCUCCAGGUGUCAGUGCUGAUCAACCCCCGCCUCAGCCUCAAUGGCGGGUGGAGCAACAACCUGCUCACCAAAACGCUCCACAUUACCCCGUCUCCACAAAUCCUGGCUCCACCAAUUCACCGCGGGCAAGUUCAAGAUAUGAGUCGUAUCCAACACCACAAACAAGCGGUUGGUCACCUGGAGAUUUCCCGUCGCGGUCAUCACAAUCAUCCGAGCACUCGCAUCCAGGAACAAUUGGGUAAUGAUCUCAUUAGUCCUGGGAACUUGCAAACCCAUGGAUACCCUCAGCAGCCGAUUCCCUCCCAUGCUCAGUAUGCCAGCACCAAUAUGGCAAGCUCCCAAACUGGAACGGGCUUCAACUCGAUGGUCUUCCCGCCGGCCCCAGAACCACAUAAUAUCGGUCAAUUUUAUCAGAACCCUCUUGCCCAGGCCAGUCUUCAUCAAUACUUGCCCCAGCAACAGUCAAUUGACCCUGGAGGCAACAUCACAGGUGCCGGGUACCCACACAAAUACUUGCAGUCUAGUGGUCAAUACAAUCAAUGGCCCAAUGCAGAUUCCCAUAUGUCGCGAAUAUCGGCAUCGGAUCCUCAAUUUGUCAGUGGUCCGUGGGGAUCGACGCCCCCAACGUCGGGGCCUCCUCCACCGACUCGAUAUCAGUGA